UCCUGGACAGGACAGCGAGAAGUCGGGACGACUUUCUGCAGCCGCCUGGGGCUGAAGGUGGACGACCUGGGCCCCGGGGAGCAGGAAGCGCCUCCUACGUUUCCAGCAAGAAGAGCAUCCCGCGGCAAGGCGGGACGGGCGGAACCCUUUAGGAGAAAGUUUGCGGCAGAAGUCCACCUCGUCGAGUUGUCCAGCACCGCCGCGCAGGUGCAUUUCUCUCCAUCCCCCCAUUUCCCUGGGAAAGCAAAGCAGGUGCGGCUUCCGCGUUGUCUGCGGGACUCUCUCUACUAGACCCGGGACGGGCUGAUUUGGGGAGCCAACCCCGGCAUGGAGCGGCGCUGGCGAGCCAAGCGCGCUUGAAGCCCUUGGGAUCCAGCAACUUUCUUCCACGUGAAACGCGAUCCAAGUGGAGGCUGCCCGCCUGCCCGCCCAGCCGGAGCACCUCUCCCCUCCUCUUCUCCCCCUCACCAGGGAGUAAGCAACCCCCCCCCACACCCCGUUGGUUCCGAGGAUGUGACGGACCGAAGGGUUUCGAUGUUCAGGGGGCAGAGGCUGCGCCGCGCCCGUCCCGUCCCGCUUUAGGUCUAGGCAGGUGUGCGCGCGAUCCGCCGCCUUUCGCGAAACUUUCCGGGAAGAUGAAAGCCAAGGGAGUGAGCAGGGAACCCUCGGCCGCCUCCACCUCUUCCACCCAGGAUGGGUCAGUCCUGCUGGUCCCUCCUCACCCGUCGGAUCGGGAUCCUUUUGCUGGGAGGGAUAGGGUCGAGGCCAUCGAUCUGACCCUGGACGGGCUCCUGUACGCCAGAAGCAGCGAAGACGAGGAGGACGAGGAAGACGAGGAGGAGGAGGAGGAAGAAGACCAGGAAGAGGAAGGCAACCCCCGUCUCAAGGAGCGAGAGGGUCUCUCGGGCUCCUCCUUGGUCCAGGAAAGUUCCGGCUUGCCGUUGGGCAAAGAUGCCCUGGAUCGGGUCCUAGAUACUUUUCUGACUUCGGCUGCCAGCCACUCGGAGAGCCCUUCGGCGGCGUGGUCGUCUUUCUUCGGCUCGGAGAUCCCCGACUUGGCCGCUGGGCUCCCCACCCGCCGGUCCCUCGACGGCAAAGAAGAGGGCGCGCCCGCCGCCGCUGCUUCCCUGCCGCCUCCGCCUCUUUCUCCCGCGGCCACCGCCUCUCCUUCCCUUUGGAAGGCGGCUAAAGAUGCGGAGGGAGCUCCUUUGAGGAGCCCGAGGGGCAGGGCCGCAGCCUCGACGUUGCCUAAAGGAGCGCAGCAGCCCUGCUCGGCGGAGGAGGAAGGAGACCUGGUCCCCGGGGCUGGCCACGCGGUAGAGCCUUCCUCCUCCUCCUUCUCCUCUUGCAAGCUCCUGGUGGCUUCGGCCUCGGGGCGCUCCCCUUUGACCGCCCCCUCGGGCUGCCCCGAGUUCCUCAACGUGCCCAUCCUGCCUCUCAACCCGGCUUACUUAGCCGCCCGGACGCGGCAGCUGCUGGACGUGGAAGAGUGCCAGCAGGACUGGAGCUCCUUCUGCGGGCACGCCGCUUCCUCGCCCGCCUCCUGCAGCCUCCAGGACUUCUCCAGCUUCGUCUACCCGCCCAAAGAGGGACAGCCGCCGCCGCUUCCACCCCCGCCGCCGCCGCCGCUUUACCUCUUGGGCUCCGGCGGGGACUUUCAGCCCAGCUUCAAGAUCAAAGAAGAGAGCCUCGCGGCGGCCGUGGCCAAAACCAGCAGCGACGGCGGAGCGCACUUGGGCCCCGGGACUCUGCCGGCCGCCGCGGGGCCCUGCCCGGACUACGCUCCGCCGAUCGCCGCCUCUUCGCUGCCGAAGAAUAGCAUGAGCAGCCUGGAAGCCGUCGCCGCCCCGUCGUCCACCCUGGAGUGCGUCCUCUACAAGGCGGAGGUGGCUGCGGCCACGGCCGGCGCCCUGCCGGGCACUUACGCACCGGCGCCUUACAAAGCCUCCGCCGGCUCCAUAGCGCAGAGGGAAGCUCUCUCUUUGCCCUCUACCUCGGCCGCCCCGCCUCAAGCCCUCUACCAGCCGCUCGGCUUCCACGGCCAGCAGCCCUUUUAUUCGCCUUACCUGGCCUAUAUACGGUCUGAUGCCGAAGCUGGUCAGAGCCCUCAGUAUGGGUUUGAACCUUUGCCCCAGAAGAUCUGCCUUAUCUGUGGUGAUGAAGCUUCUGGGUGUCAUUACGGUGUCCUCACCUGUGGAAGCUGUAAAGUCUUCUUCAAAAGAGCAAUGGAAGGUCAACAUAAUUAUCUAUGUGCAGGGCGGAAUGACUGCAUAGUGGAUAAGAUUCGUCGGAAAAACUGCCCUGCGUGUCGCUUGAGGAAGUGUUGUCAAGCUGGCAUGGUACUUGGAGGUCGAAAGUUUAAGAAGUUUAAUAAGGUCAAGAUGCUAAGAGCCUUAGAUGUUGUCGCACUCCAACAGCCAGCAGCCCUUCCAAAUGAAAGCCAAACAUUGGUGCAGAGGCUUUCUUUUUCACCAAGCCAAGACAUCCAAUUUAUCCCUCCACUGAUCACUGUCUUACAAAGCAUUGAGCCAGAAGUUGUCUACGCAGGUUAUGAUAACACAAAACCAGAAACUCCAAGUGCUUUGUUGACCAGCCUCAAUCACCUGUGUGAGAGGCAGCUCCUCUGUGUAGUCAAGUGGUCCAAGUCAUUACCAGGAUUCCGGAACUUACAUAUUGAUGACCAGAUAACUCUUAUCCAGUAUUCAUGGAUGAGUCUAAUGGUCUUUGCGAUGGGAUGGAGAUCAUAUAAGCAUGUCAGUGGUCAAAUGUUGUACUUUGCUCCUGAUCUAAUAUUAAAUGAACAGAGGAUGAAAGAAUCAUCAUUCUAUUCCCUGUGCCUGUCCAUGUGGCAAAUUCCGCAAGAGUUUGUCAAGCUACAAGUAAGCUGUGAAGAGUUCCUUUGCAUGAAAGCCCUACUCCUCUUGAAUACAAUUCCUUUGGAAGGACUCAGAAGUCAAAAUCAGUUUGAUGAUAUGAGAUCCAGUUAUAUCAGAGAGCUGGUCAAAGCAAUUGGGCUGCGACAGAAAGGGGUUGUAGCCAGUUCUCAACGUUUCUACCAGCUCACAAAGCUUAUGGACUCUAUGCAUGAUCUUGUGAAGCAACUUCACUUAUACUGUCUCAACACAUUUCUUCAGUCCCGGACUCUGAGUGUUGAAUUCCCGGAGAUGAUGUCAGAAGUGAUAGCUGCCCAGCUUCCGAAGAUACUGGCCGGAAUGGUGAAACCGCUUCUUUUUCACAAAAAGUGACCUGCCUCUCCAUCUGUCUAUCCCAGGGGAUCUUCAAAUUUG